AAAAGUACACAAAUCCCUCGAACUGGCCAAACUACAGGCGGGAAUUUUGUCUAUCCACAGGCUCUAGAUAGACCGAUAGAAAGCAAGACACAAACCUCAUCGUCCCCAGAAAUGGCGAUCUCCACACUUCAAACGCUAACCACACCAUCUCUCCACCAUACCCUUCAACUCUCCGCCACCAGGCCACACCACCACUGCACCACCAUCAAGUCACAUUCUAAUUCGAACUGCUCUCUAGACUCUACAACUAAUCUUACUCCUAAACCUAACAAGAAGAGGGGAUUAGUGGGCGCAGGCAUUGGAUUGUUAGCUGCUUCGAUGUUAAUUUCAUCCCCGCUUGAUGCUAAUGCUACUAGAAUCGAAUAUUACGCCACCGUUGCAGAACCCUCCUGUGAGCUUCAGUUUGCGCCUUCAGGACUUGGGUACUGCGAUGUCGCUCCCGGGUUUGGUGAAGAAGCUCCCUAUUCCACUCUUAUCAAUAUUCAUUAUACUGCAAGAUUUGCUGAUGGCAUAGUUUUUGACAGCAGUUAUAAACGUGGAAGACCACUAACUAUGCGUAUUGGUGUUGGCAAGGUGAUCAAGGGACUUGACCAAGGGAUCUUUGGGGGCGAGGGUGUUCCACCCAUGCUUGUUGGUGGAAGACGUAGACUUCAAAUUCCUCCGGAAUUAGCGUAUGGACCUGAGCCCGCUGGUUGCUUUUCUGGUGAGUGCAAUAUACCUGCGAAUGCAACGCUCCUUUAUGAAAUUAACUUUGUGAACAUCUACUCUGGUAAUAGAGCAUUACCACCGAAAUAAUUUGAAUGUACAAUGCUAUAAACAACAGUGUUUCUCACGAAGAUGUUCACGGAUUAUUGUCAGAAAUUAGAUGUAUAUAUGGUACAAUUGUUUGUACAUGUAAUGAAAAACAUCACUCUAUUAAAUUCAACAAUAUUCUUUACCUGAGAA